CUCAGCCGUUGCUCUGAGACUUUUCCCCUAGCAGCCCUGACAGGCUGUUACUGUUCUGCAACCAACAAUAUGGUCAUCUUCAUUUACUUAUUUGUCUUACUGUGGGAAGAGGCUCACGGAUGGGGAUUCAAGAAUGGAAUUUUUCACAACUCCAUAUGGCUUGAACAAGCAGCAGGCGUGUACCACCGAGAAGCGCGGACUGGCAAGUACAAGCUCACCUACUCAGACGCUAAGGCCGUGUGUGAGUAUGAAGGUGGCCGCCUGGCCACCUACAAGCAGCUAGAGGCAGCCAGGAAAAUCGGAUUUCAUGUGUGUGCUGCUGGAUGGAUGGCCAAGGGCCGAGUUGGAUAUCCCAUUGUGAAGCCAGGGCCACACUGUGGAUUUGGAAAAACUGGUAUUAUUGAUUAUGGAAUCCGCCUCAAUAGGAGCGAGAGAUGGGAUGCCUAUUGCUACAAUCCUCAUGCAAAGGAAUGUGGUGGUGUCUUUACAGAUCCAAAGCGAAUUUUUAAAUCUCCAGGCUUCCCAAAUGAAUAUGAAGAUAACCAGGUCUGCUACUGGCACAUUAGACUCAAAUAUGGUCAGCGUAUUCACCUGAGUUUCUUGAACUUUGACCUUGAAGAUGACACAGCUUGUUUGUCUGAUUAUGUAGAAAUAUAUGACAGUUACGAUGAUGUUCAUGGAUUUGUGGGAAGAUACUGUGGGAGUGAGCUUCCAGAAGACAUCAUCAGCACAGGAAAUGUCAUGACCUUGAAGUUUCUAAGUGAUGCUUCAGUUACAGCAGGAGGCUUCCAAAUUAAAUAUGUUGCAGUGGAUCCUGCAUCCAAAUCCAGUCAUGGAAAAAAUACAAGUGCUACUUCCACUGGAAAUAAAAACUUUUUGGCUGGAAGGUUUAGCCAUUUGUAAAACAAAAGAACUUUCAGAAUAUACAGUGUUUGUAUUUGCAUCCCUUGGAACCCCUUGGAUCUCACUUUUUAUAUUAUUAUUAAUACUUAUUUAUUAUUUUUUUAUUUGAA